AUGGAGAACGGAAAAUUUCCUUGCUCAACCAUUCCGCCAGACGCGGCAGACCUCGCCGCUGCCCUUGCAGGCCAAAUAGCCUCCUCCGCUUAUGUCGCCCACGCGGCUGCUAGCCUGGCAGACUCGUCCCCCGCCGCCGCCGCCGCUGCUGCUGGUGCUUCGGGUGAGCUGGGGGUGGCUGGAGGCGGAGAACGGUCGGAGGUGACGUGGCAAAUCGUGGUUGGUGCAAUCGCUGGCGUGAUCCCCUUCAUCGUGGCGUCCAUUGAGUUUGGCAAGCGCAUUGCGGCGCAGCGGCGCUGUGAGGCGUGUCAGGGAUCGGGGCUGCAGCUCGUGGGGCGCUUCUACCGCCGCUGCUCCGCCUGCG